GAGAAAGCAGAUUGCAGUGCCCAGAAAGCAUUUUCCAGAAAUCCUUGCAACUGAUAGUACUUCCAACUCUCCAUUUUUCCAGAAAUUCUCUCUCUUUACAAUAAAACAAACAUUUUUCUCUGCACAACCCUAACUAAUUCACUUUACUCGGCUUUUUCUAUGUUAAAAGAAAGGGAUAGAAAGAGAGAGAGAGAUAGGAAAGAAAAGGAAAAAUGGGGAAGGUCUUGUGAAGGAGGGGAUCUCGUCUUUCCUUUUCGCGUUGAGUUCUACUUAUAGCUUUUUUUUUUCCCUUAAUUUUUGUGGGAUGGAUAGAUACUAUACAAAAAACCCAACUUGAAAAUCAUAAUUGAAAAGAGAGGAUCAAAACAAGGAGUAGAGAAGAUAAAAUCUGUUUUUUGGUUUGAGUUUGUGAAAAGUUUUUGUUUGUGAUUCAUUUCAAUUUGUCUGUUCUUUAAUUUUGUGGCCGGAGCAGUUUUCCGGUGGAGAAGUUGGACAUCCGAGUUAUCCCACGUUUGUAUGAGAGAAAAAGGAAAAGGGGGGGAGAAAAAGAAUUGAAAUUGGCUUGAAUUGUAGAAGAUGAGAGCGGGUUUGAGUACGAUCCAGCAGACACUGACGGCGGAGGCGGCGACCGUUUUGAACCAGUCGAUUGCGGAGGCUAGUCGGAGGAACCAUGGGCAGACGACGCCGCUGCACGUGGCGGCUACUCUCCUUGGUUCCCCAUCUGGGUUCUUCCGCCAGGCGUGCAUCAAGUCUCACCCGAAUUCUUCGCAUCCUCUGCAGUGUCGCGCUUUGGAGCUCUGCUUCAGUGUGGCGUUGGAGCAGAUAUCCACCGCCCAGAACGCUAAUCCCGGUGUCGACCCACCAAUUUCGAAUGCGCUAAUGGCCGCGCUCAAGCGGGCACAGGCACACCAGCGACGGGGAUGCCCGGAGCAGCAGCAGCAGCCGCUUUUGGCAGUUAAAGUGGAGCUCGAACAGCUUAUUAUAUCGAUUCUUGAUGACCCAAAUGUCAGUAAAGUGAUGCGCGAAGCGAGUUUUUCGAGUACUGCCGUCAAAGCGACAAUCGAACAGUCUCUGAAUUCAUCAACCUCCACUUCGGCGAGCUCGAGUCCAAUCGGGUUGGGGUUCAGGCCGGUGGCUGCAGCCGUGCCUUCUCAAAACCGGAAUUCGUAUCUGAAUCCCAGGUUGCAGCAAGGGACUGCAACGCAAUCAGGGCAGCAGAGGAGCGAUGAAGUGAAGAGGGUCACGGAUAUUUUGUUGAGGACUAGGAAGAGGAAUCCGGUAUUGGUGGGCGAGUCAGAGCCGGAGCUGGUGGUGAAGGAGAUUCUGAGGAAGAUUGAGAGCAAGGAGAUAGGAGAUGGGGUGCUGAGAAACGUGGAAGUUCUUCGCUUGGAGAAGGAUUUUGCGUUGGACAAAUCACAAAUGGUGUCGAAAAUAAAAGACCUGGGUGACCUGAUCGAGGCACGGGUGAGGAAUUCAGAUUGUGGAGGGGUGAUUCUUGAUUUGGGGGACUUGAAAUGGCUAGUGGAGCAGCAGCAAGUGGGGUUCGGAGUUGGGUCCGGCGCAGGCGGAGGGGUGCAGCAGCUCGUGGUUCCAGAGGCAGCACGGCCAGCUGUCGCAGAGAUGGGAAGACUGUUGGUGAGAUUCCGAGAGGGUAGCAGCGUCACCAGUGGUGGUGGGAGGGUGUGGUUGAUCGGAACUGCUACUUGUGAGACUUACGUGAGAUGCCAAGUUUAUCAUUCUUCAAUGGAGAAUGAUUGGGAUCUGCAGGCUGUGCCUAUUGCUGCCAGAACACCUUUACCACGAAUAUUUCCAAGGCUUGUAACCAGUGGGCUUCUGAGCAACUCGAUUGAGUCCUUAUCCCCAUUGAAGGGCUUUGCAACUGCUCAACCAAGACGUCCCUCUGAGAACAUGGAUCCUACUCAGAAGAUAAGCUGUUGCCCACAAUGCACACAAAAUUACGAUCAAGAGCUAGCAAAGCUAACAGCAGCAAAGGAGUCUGAGAAGUCCUCUUCAGAAGCAACUCAACCAACCCUGCCACAGUGGUUGCAGACUGCUAAGGCCCAGGGAAGUGAUGGAAAAACAUUGUCUCAGGCACAGGAUCAAGAGAUGAUCUGGAAGCAGAAGACUCAAGAGUUACAGAGGAAAUGGAAUAACACAUGCAUGCAUCUCCAUCCUAAUUUUCAUCAAUCCAGUCUAGGCUCUGAGAGAUUCGCUUCUCCAGCUGUCUCAAUGAUGAGCUUGUACAAUUCGAACCUGGUUGGGGGUCAGCCUUUCCAACCCAAAUUCCAACUGAACACAGUGCAGUUGAACACCAAUCUUGUAGCCAGUCAGUCACUCAAAAGGGCAAGUACACCUCCAGGAAGUCCUGUGAGAACUGAUCUGGUUCUUGGGCAAUUGAAGGUCAGUGAGAUUACAUCUGAUAGAACCCCUAAGGAGAGCACGAGGGACUUCUUAGGCUGCAUAUCUUCUGAACCUCAGAAGAAGUUCAAUGACUUGGCAAGUGAUAAGUUGUUAGAUCCCGACUCUUACAAGAAGCUCCUUAAUGGCCUACUGGAAAGGGUGUGGUGGCAGCAGGAUGCAGCGUCUUCUGUGGCUACAGUGGUGACGAGGUGCAAGUUAGGCAAUGGAAAAAGGCAGGGUGCUGGAUCAAGGGGUGACAUUUGGUUGUUGUUUAUGGGCCCAGACAGAGUUGGCAAGAGAAAGAUGGCAUUGGUUCUAUCGGAGCAUUUAUGCAGGGCCAGUCCAGUUACAAUCUGUCUCGGUUCAAGACGUGAUGAUAUGGAAUCUGAUGUGAGCUUCCGUGGUAAAACAGUGCUGGAUAGAAUAGCAGAGGCAGUAAAGGGGAAUCCUUUCUCGGUAAUAAUGCUUGAAGACACUGAUGAAGCAGAUACAAUAGUUCAAGGUAGCAUAAAACGAGCAAUAGAGAGAGGACGACUUGUUGAUUCACAUCAUCGUGAGAUCAAUCUAGGAAAUGUUACCUUCAUUCUUACUACAAGUUGGCUUCCAGAUAAUUUGAAAUUCUCAUCAAAUGGUAUUUCUCUUGAUGAAGAGAAGCUUGCCAGUAUAGCAAGUGGCUGUUGGCGGUUAAAGCUAUCCCUAUGUGAGAAAAGUGCAAAGCGCCGGGCCAGUUGGCUACAGGUUGAAGACAGGACAACAAAAUCAAGAAAGGAAACUAGUUCAGGACUCUCAUUCGAUCUGAAUGAGGCUGUUGAUGUUGAGGAAGAUAAAGCAGAUGGCUCCCACAAUUCCAGCGACCUAACAGUUGAUCAUGAAGAAGAACACCGACUCACCAACAGGCUAUUAUCUAACUCAACAUCAUCAAUAUCCAGUGAUCUGCUCAAUUCUCUAGACGAGGCCAUUGUCUUUAAGCCUGUUGAUUUUGGUCCAAUUAGACGUGACAUAGUGAGCUCCAUAACAAAAAAAUUCUUCAGCAUUGUUGGAGACAGGCUACCAAUUGAAAUCCCGGAUGAUGCUCUAGAAAAGAUCACAAGUGGGGUAUGGAUAGGCAGGACGGGAUUGGAAGAAUGGACAGAGAAAGUACUAGUUCCCAGCUUGCAUCAACUCAAAUCACGAGUACCCACAACAUCAGAUGAGUCACUGGUUGUUAGGCUUGAACUUGAUGAUGAAUCUGAAAAUCCAAGCCAUGGCAAUUGGCUUCCUAGUAGCAUCAAGGUGGCCAUUGAUAAACUUUAAAGGUUAGUGAAGGGGGAGAUACCUGGUAUUUUCUUGUGUUGGAUAGAGAGAUGUAAAUAUGGUCAACUGUUUUUGGCGGGGUGGGAAUGACAGUUUGAGAGGUAAAAACGGUUAGAAGAGGAGAUGUUGAUAGAUUUAAAGGUAUUUUCUAUUUAGUAGCCAUAGAAUGUCUCCCUCUCUCCUAUUAAACCUAGUACUAGUAUUAUUAUUUGAAUUCUUCAGGCCUUUCCAUGUUAUUAAAAAGAAAUUAUAGUAAGAUUUUUGUCAUAGAUAUAUUUAUUAAUAUAUCAUUACAUGGUAUGAUCACUAAUAAAAGAUAGAGGCAUUC